CCGCCCUCGCGGUGACCUCACGGCUGACGACACACCGCCUCUACUGCCGUUUUUUGACUUUUAAAACCUACACCGGGGUAAAAUCAGACAUGUAACACCACUGACUGUAAUGAAAGUCUUAUAUAGGCCUGCAGAGAAUCAGAAAUGUGUAGUUCGUGCGCGUCCGUUAGCUGAAGGAUGAUGAUGGUGGUGAUGUUUUCUGCUGGUGCUUUUAGCUUGCGUGCUAAUGUUAGCGCUCCUCAUUCAGUGUUUCUCUAUGUGUGAAUUGCUAACAUAACAGCCCGCAGCCUUGGAUUCACUUCGAUCUCUUUUACCGCAGGAUAAUCAUUGCUAACUCUGAACUUGUGGGCAUCUGGGGAUUAUUGUGACCCAUCUUAGAGAGGGAGAGGAUGAUGAUGAGUGUCUGUGAGGAGCAGGAAGAGGGCUGUGAGGCUGGAUAUUACCAGCUCUAACCUUCAGUUUGACCUCUGCCGGGACUCUGUGAGUGGCUGACAGCUGUCUGUAGUGAACAUGUCUGUGCACGAGGACUUGGAUCACCCUCGCUUUUUUGUUGGAGCUGAUGACGGCGAGGGAGAUGAACUGCUGGAUCCAGGCAGAGUCCUCGGCUAUGAUUGUCUGUAUGAGAACGUGGAAGAAGAGGAUGAAGAGAGAGAUGAUGCAGAAUAUGAUUCGCCCCCAGAGAGACAGAUAGUGGUGGGUAUCUGUGCCAUGUCCAAGAAGUCAAAGUCCAAACCUAUGAAGGAGAUUCUGGAGAGACUGAGUCUGUUCAAAUACAUCACUGUGGUUACGUUUGAAGAGGAAGUCAUUCUGAAUGAGACGGUGGAAAACUGGCCGCUCUGUGAUUGUCUCAUUUCUUUCCAUUCCAAAGGUUUCCCACUUGAUAAGGCUGUGGCUUAUGAGAAGCUGAGGAAUCCAUUUGUCAUCAAUGAUCUGGAUCUUCAGUACUACAUUCAGGAUAGGAGGGAGGUGUAUCGGAUCCUGAAGGAUGAGGGAAUACAACUCCCCCGAUUUGCAGUUCUGAACAGAGAUCCUGCCCGACCAGAAGAAUGUAACCUGGUGGAGGGAGAGGACCAUGUGGAGGUGAAUGGGGAGAUUUUCCAGAAGCCUUUUGUUGAGAAGCCAGUGAGUGCCGAAGACCACAAUGUCUACAUCUACUACCCAACAUCUGCAGGCGGAGGCAGUCAGCGGCUCUUCCGCAAGAUUGGCAGCAGAAGUAGUGUCUAUUCUCCUGAGAGUAAUGUCAGAAAGACUGGAUCCUACAUUUAUGAGGAGUUCAUGCCUACUGAUGGAACGGAUGUGAAGGUGUAUACUGUAGGUCCUGACUACGCACAUGCAGAGGCCCGUAAAUCCCCUGCGCUGGAUGGGAAGGUGGAACGAGACAGCGAGGGGAAAGAAGUACGGUAUCCAGUCAUCCUCAAUGCCAGAGAGAAACUCAUCGCAUGGAAAGUCUGCUUGGCUUUUAAGCAAACUGUGUGUGGAUUUGACCUGCUUCGUGCCAAUGGCCAGUCGUACGUCUGUGACGUAAAUGGCUUCAGCUUUGUCAAGAACUCCAUGAAGUACUAUGAUGACUGUGCAAAAAUUCUGGGGAAUAUCAUCAUGAGAGAAUUGGCUCCACAGUUCCAGAUCCCGUGGUCUAUUCCUUUAGAAGCCGAGGACAUUCCUAUAGUUCCCACAACCUCUGGAACCAUGAUGGAGUUGAGGUGUGUUAUUGCUGUGAUUCGACAUGGUGACAGAACGCCCAAACAGAAGAUGAAAAUGGAGGUUCGACAUCAGAGAUUUUUUGACCUCUUUGAAAAGUGUGAAGGUUACAAAAGUGGAAAGCUGAAAUUAAAGAAACCAAAGCAACUUCAAGAAGUAUUGGACAUCGCCAGGCAACUGUUGGUAGAACUUGGCCAAAAUAAUGACUCUGAAAUUGAGGAGAGUAAAGCUAAGCUUGAACAGCUCAAAACAGUCCUUGAAAUGUAUGGUCAUUUCUCUGGGAUCAAUCGCAAGGUUCAGUUAACAUAUCUGCCACAUGGUUGUCCUAAAACAUCGAGUGAAGAGGAAGAUGUGCGGAGGGAUGACCCGUCCCUGUUGCUGGUGUUGAAAUGGGGUGGAGAGUUGACUCCUGCUGGCAGAGUUCAGGCUGAAGAACUCGGUCGGGCCUUUCGAUGCAUGUAUCCUGGAGGUCAAGGUGAUUAUGCUGGCUUUCCUGGCUGUGGCCUUCUCCGUCUGCACAGCACAUAUCGGCAUGACCUGAAGAUAUAUGCCUCCGAUGAAGGACGUGUUCAGAUGACUGCUGCGGCAUUUGCUAAAGGCCUGCUGGCAUUAGAGGGUGAGCUGACGCCUAUCCUGGUGCAAAUGGUCAAAAGUGCCAAUAUGAAUGGCCUGCUGGACAGUGACAGCGACUCCUUAAGCAGCUGCCAGCAGAAAGUCAAAGCACGACUUCAUGAGAUUCUGCAGAAGGACAGAGACUUCGCAGCGGAAGAUUAUGAGAAGCUGGCGCCCACCUCCAGCACUUCUCUGGUGAAGUCCAUGCAGAUGAUUAAAAACCCAGUGAAGACCUGUGAUAAAGUGUACUCCCUCAUUCAGAACCUAACGCUGCAGAUUCGUCAGAGAAUGGAAGAGCCCAAAUCAGCAGACAUCCAGUUGUAUCACAGUGAGACUCUUGAGCUGAUGCUGCGUCGAUGGUCGAAACUGGAGAAGGAUUUCAAGAUGAAGAACGGCCGGUACAACAUCAGCAAGAUUCCUGAUAUUUAUGACUGCAUCAAAUAUGAUGUUCAGCACAACAGCUCGCUAAAGCUCGACAACACCAUGGAAAUUUACAGAUUAUCCAAAGCACUGGCUGACAUUGUCAUCCCACAGGAAUAUGGUAUUUCUCAAGCUGAAAAACUGGACAUAGCCAAAGGUUACUGUACACCUCUUAUUCGCAAGAUCCGCUCUGAUCUACAGAGGACACAAGAUGACGACACCGUUAAUAAACUACACCCAGUAUAUUCCAGAGGAGUGAUGUCUCCAGAACGCCAUGUGCGGACCAGACUGUACUUCACCAGUGAAAGUCACGUACACUCACUGCUCUCUAUACUGCGUUAUGGAGCCCUCUGUGAUGAGGCGAAAGAUGACCAGUGGAAGAGAGCCAUGGACUACCUGAAAAUAGUCAGUGAGCUGAACUACAUGACACAGAUAGUCAUCAUGCUGUAUGAAGACCCAAACAAGGAUCCUUCGUCAGAGGAUCGUUUCCAUGUGGAGCUUCAUUUCAGUCCAGGAGCUAAAGGCUGUGAAGAAGACAAAAACCUGCCAUCUGGAUUUGGAUAUCGACCAGCAUCCAGAGAGAAUGAAGGCCCCAAGAAGAAAUCCAAUAAUGACAGCGAUGAGGAGGCAAGCGGUGCUAAACGUGACGAGCCCGAUCGAGCCCUUAUGAUGUUCCGGCCCAUGGUGUCAGAUCCCAUCUACAUCCACCGGAAGUCCCCUCUUCCCCGCUCCAAAAAGAUUGGCUCUGUGGAAGAAGAAAGCCCCCUGAGUGUGUCUAGCCCUGACUCUAUAGGUACCUGGAUUCAUUACACCUGUGGUGUUGGUACUGGGCGUCGAAGACGCAGAUCAGGGGACCAAAUAACUUCCUCCCCAGUCUCCCCCAAAUCACUGGCUUUCACAUCCAGUAUUUUUGGCUCAUGGCAACAGGUUUUGUCAGAGAACAACAGCCACGCCAGACCCAGCCGACUACAUGCGGAUCACAAGCUCACCACUGGAUUAGGGUCUCAUUGUGCUGGCUUGUUUAGCACCAUGGUGCUGGGCGGCUCCUCCAGUGCACCUAACCUACAAGAUUACGCUCACGCACACCGUAAAAAGCUGACCUCCUCUGGCUUCUUAGAUGAGGCCACGCGUGGUUCUGCUGUUAAAAGAUUUUCUAUCUCAUUUGCGCGACACCCAACCAAUGUGUUAUCCGGUUUGUUCAGUGGUUUUGAGUUGUACUCCAUGGUUCCUUCAAUCUGCCCCUUGGAGACCCUUCAUAAUUCCCUGUCUCUCAAACAAGUGGACGACUUUCUCUCCGCCAUAGCCAUAUCCCACGAUUCAAUACUGGACAUAUCUACAUCAUCUCCAGCUGUGCCCACAAAGAAGGCUCCAUUGAACACGUACACCCCAGCAAAAGUUCUGCCCUGUCCAUUCACCCAGUCACUCGGCAAGAGGACAUGCUCACCGGAGAAAAGUGCAAAAGAUAAAGAUGAAUCCCCUGCCAAUAAACCCAAAACGCUUUCAAAAGAUGUUCCAGAUGAUGGCAGAACCUCAGAGAUUGCGGAGAGCAAGCAGCUCAGACCCGCUCCACAGAUCUCCAUCAUACCACCUGAAUCUACAGAUAAAACCCAGCAGCAGUCCACUCUCUCAAGCGUCUCAUCCAGCGGCACACCCUCACAUGAAGCGUCAGUUCUAAAAAACCCUACAAACACCAUGUCAGGCUUUAACUCAUGACACUCAUCGGCAAACCAACACGCAGGUAAUACAAAAUAAAGUCAAAUCACAGGCUUAAUCAAGGCAUAGUUCACCCAAAGAGAAACUUACUCAUCAUCAAACCUUCAUGAAGUUCUUUCCAAAGAAGAUCUUUUAAAGAAUGUUGGAAACUAGCAAAUAUUGAUAUCCAUAUCUGAAACCAAAUAUACUAUUUAGGUCAGUAGCUACUAGUUUGCAACAUUUUCCGUUUUCGACAGACAAAACAAACUUUAAACAAGUGGAUGAUGAGUAAAUAAUGACAGAAAUGUCCCUUUCAGACAGGGCUGUCAAACUCAAGUUCCUGGGCCAAAGCCCUGCACAAUUUAGUUCCAACUCUGCUCCAACAUACUUACCUGUAGGUUUCAAACAUGCCUGAAGGGCUCAAUUAGUUUGAUCAGGUAUGUUUAAUUAGGAAUGGAACUAAACUGCUGACCUGCGGCCCUCCGGGAAUCAAGUUUGACACCUGUGCUUUAAGACAUGGUCAUUAAACAGACCACAAUGUCCAAAAUCAUGGACGGCUAACACGUAAAUGGGUAAACAUGUAAAUCCCAAUCAACUAAAACUAUAUCUUUAUAAUUUUGUGUAAACUGACGAGAUUAUCAUAGAGCAUGUUACAGUCCUGGCUUCUCUCAUAAAUAGCUGUACAUUUUGCAUCUAAAGGAAUAUCUCAUUAAAUGUAUGAUACCAAAAAAUAUCACACCGUUGUAAUUACAAUCAUAUCAAUGGCUUAUUUAGCUCCUCCAUUCCUCUGGAAUGGUUCAGAAGAAUGUGUCACAUUUAUCUUGUAUAUACGAAUGUUGAAAUGUUGAAUGCGGCACUUUCUGUGGCCUCAUCAAACAAGGCCUGAAGUGACAUUUCUUCUUUAGAAACAUAUUUUAAUACAUAUAUUUGAUUACAAUCAGAAUUUGCCUCCAUUGUAAUUGACAUCUGCCUUAUGUUAACAAUUACCUUUCCAUCAAAUGAAGUGAAGCAACUGUUGGAAUUUAACUUUGGUCGUUGGUAUAUCAAAACUUAAUUGGACAUUAGUAUGUAAGCAAUAGAGGGAUAUUUCUGUGGAAGCUGCUUUUCCAGUUCUCUGUCCUAAAAAUCAUUUGUGUUCGGACACAUCGAAAUGAUAAAAUGUUUGCUCAAAUUCUAAUCGGAAGUGAUCACUGACCUCUGAGGGCUCUUCAAAGGGAGCGGGGUGCUUGUGUGUUAUAAUGCAGCUGUUAGGAACACACUUGUUGAAGGGAGCAAUGAAAGGCAAAGUCAUUUCUUCAUUCUCUUUACCUGGAAUGUUACCAUCAACUGUAGAAAAUGAUUUUCUUACUGCUAUUAAUAUAAUUGUUGCAAAUAAAUGUACAUUUUAUGAUUAUUUUUUUCCAAAUA